UGUUGAAUCGUGAAUAUAAAAGGUAAACGACGAGCAGCCAUGGAAUGAGCUGGUUUUCUUCAUAGCGAAGGCGAGAGACCCCAUCAAACAUUAAAAGUUGCAGUCUCCAAGGACAGGUUCUGUUCUUUUCCAUUUUUGUAAUGCAAUUUUCUCACAUGGGUACUCAUAAAUCCAACUAAGAAUCAAAACCCAUUUGCAAUAACUUCUUCCACUUUUUGGUUGAUUUGAUUUGCAGAAGAAGAACAAAGAAGACGAUGGUUUGAACAAGGAAUUCAUGAAUGACGAGCAACAGAGUGGAAGAAACCGCACCUUCUUCAACCCAUCACCUUCCUCACAAUUCACAUCUUUAUGCAAUCAACUACAACAAUCCCUCCUCCACUUGCGAAGCUUUUGAUAUUGGAGAAUUGGAACAAGCAAUCGUGUUACAAGAACACGAAGCUAAGAACAAACUCGAUCAUCACCAAUCCAAACAAACCUUUUUCUCAGGCAGGCCUGCUGCUGCCACUGCUGCUACUCUGGAAAUGUUCCCUUCUUGGCCAAUCAAAUUCCAACAAACUCCCACAGGAAUGAGUUCGAGACGAAGAGAAGAGAGCACUGAUGAAUCUCCCAUGACUAAAAAGCCCUGUCCAUCUACUUCUUCUGCAGCUCAUCAGGGCUUUAUUCAGAAGCAGAUUCACCCUGAAAUGAUACUCACGGAUGUUUCAGCUCAACAUCACUCCCUUCGACAAAAGAGAAAAGGAUGUGGUUCGAUUUCAACAUCACAGAAGCAACUUGAUGCUAAGACAUUGAGACGUUUGGCUCAGAAUAGAGAGGCUGCCAGGAAGAGUCGCCUAAGGAAAAAGCAACUUGAGAGCAGUAGAGUCAAGCUCACGCAGCUUGAACAAGACCUUCAACGGGCACGAGCUCAGGGUUUGUUUCUUGGUGCCUGCGGUGGUGGCGGCGGCAUUAUCAGCCCAGGAGGUGCAAUGUUUGACAUGGAAUAUGCAAGGUGGCUGGAAGAGGACCACCGGCACACGGCGGAGCUGCGCGGGGGAUUGGAGGCACGCCUACCGGACGUGGAGCUGAGAGUGAAGGUAGACGCAUGCAUUUGCCAUUACGACCAAAUUUUCCGGCUGAAAGGAGAGGCUGCUAAGUCCGACAUCUUCCACCUCAUCGCCGGCAUCUGGAUGUCUCCGGCCGAGCGUUGCUUCCUUUGGAUUGGUGGAUUCCGGCCCUCCGAUCUCAUCAAGAUUUUGCUGUCACAAUUGGACCCAAUCACAGAACAGCAAGUGGUGGAAAUUUACAAGCUACAGCAUUCGUCACAGCAGGCUGAAGAUGCUUUAUCUCAAGGUCUUGAUCAGCUCCAUCAGUCUUUGACGGACACCGUAGCCGGCGGUCCGGUCAUCGACGGCAUCAACCACAUGGUUUUGGCCAUGGACAAGAUCUCUCAUCUCCAAGGCUUUCUCCAUCAGGCGGAUAUUUUAAGACAACAAACGCUUCACCAAUUACAUAGGAUGUUCACCGUCCGACAAGCAGCCAGAUAUUUUAUAGUUAUUAGUGAAUAUUACACUAGAUUACGAGCGCUAAGCUCCAUAUGGUCCUCUCGUCCAAAGGACUAAGAUUUAUAUCCUUUACAUGUUCAUCUUUUCUCCUUCUAGUUUUAAUGAAAUCUAAAUUAUUUGCUAUGUCGUAUUUUGUUCUUAUAUCGUUAACAACAUAGAACCUCUGCAUAUCUCUACAAUUUUAGGCAUAAUUCUUUUAACUUUUUUGUCUCGUGUUGAUGAAGAACUGUAUUAU